AUGGUGACACGGAUUUUAUCCGUGAGUUUGCUCACGCGGCUCGGACCGAUGCUGAGCAAGAGUGUGAUAAACGGAAGAAGCGACUUGAGUCGCAGCGUAGAAAACACGCCCCGGAUGAAGAAGCUGGAGAAGACAUCGGGGAUGGACGUCCGUCUAAAUGUGCUCGGACCGACGUCAAAAACCGCGGUAGUACUGCGACAACGGUGA